GGCGCACUCAACUCUUCCUCCAGAGGAGCGUCGGAGGAGCGGAGCGGUCUGCCGGCAGAUGCUGUCAUCACGCAGGAGGCUGUAGAAAACCAACUUCAAUAUUCACUGGAUCAAUUGUUCAGUGAUAAAGGAUUUUCAAGUCGUUUUCACAGGAAGUCAGUUACAAACGCUUUUGCAACAUUUGCUGGUGAAGAUGUGCUCCUGUUUCCACAGAAGAUACAAGCUGUUUGAAUGCUUGUUUACAUGCAAACAGACAACAAUAUUUGAAGAAGUGACAUUUGGCACGAUGCAUCACACAGCAUGACCAGUCUUCACUUAAAUCGAUGGAACAAGUUGUUCUCAAAUCCAGGUUUUCUAAACUAACAAAAGAUUGUUAUUGAAAUCAUGGCUGAGUCAAAUAUCAGCCAUAUGACAGCAGCUUCUACAGAGAUGGAGGAUAACCUCCCAGAUGGCAAGUUGGAUCAGUAUCUGGACGGCUAUGAUAUGGACUAUGGCAUCCCUCCUGAUGAGAUCCCAGACACAACACAGGGUCAAGCCUUCUUCGUGGCCACAAUUGUUAUUGCCAUUGUCCUCGUGUGCAUCAUGCUUGUUUGCGGGUUGGGAAACUUCAUAUUCAUUGCCACACUGACACGCUACAAAAAGCUUCGCAAUCUCACCAACCUGCUCAUUGCUAAUCUGGCGAUUUCAGACUUUAUUGUGGCAGUGGUGUGCUGCCCGUUCCUGGUGGACUACUAUGUGGUAAAACAGCUUUCCUGGGAUCACGGACUGGUGCUGUGUGCAUCUGUUAAUUACCUCAGGACCGUGUCCCUCUACGUGUCCACAAACGCAUUGCUUGCCAUUGCAGUUGACAGAUACAUGGCCAUAGUCCAUCCUCUGAGGCCACGUAUGAAGUACCAAACUGCUUAUUGCCUAAUAACCGGAGUGUGGAUUGUUCCCAUUCUCAUCUCUAUUCCAUCUGCCUACUUUGCUUCUGAGACCACGUACCCUCACGGCGGCACCACCCCGACCACCCACAAAGUGUUCUGUGCCCAGAUAUGGCCUGUGGACCAGCAGGCCUACUAUCGGUCCUACUUCCUGUUCGUCUUUGCCGUGGAGUUCGUUGGACCCGUGAUCGUCAUGGCAAUGUGCUACACCCACAUUUCCCGUGAGCUCUGGUUCAAAAAUGUCCCAGGUUUCCAGACGGAGCAGAUAAGAAAGAGAUUGCGUUGUCGCCGCAAGACAGUGAUGGUGCUCAUUGGGAUUUUGACAGCAUACAUCCUGUGCUGGGCACCGUACUACGGCUUCACAAUCCUGCGUGACUUCCAUCCAACACUGAUCUCCCGCCAGAAGAACUCGCUGGUGGCUUUUUACAUCAUUGAGUGCAUUGCCAUGAGCAACAGCAUGAUAAAUACCUUCUGCUUUGUAAGUGUCAAGAAUAACACAGUUAAGUACCUGAAGAAGAUGGUACUCCUGCGCUGGAAGUCAACGUAUGUCCCCACUAAGACAGUGGAUGAAAUGGAUAUGAGGACAUCUUCCAUGCCUGUUACCGAGGAGAUCGAAUGCAUUCAUCUGAGGUGAGGAGAAUACAUUGUAGUCAAGCAGUGAUUGAGAUCUAGAUGUGUAAUUUUUCCCACUUUGUGGAAAGAAAUCAAAAUUUCUCAACCACAGGAAUACUUUCAACUUUGGCUGAGAGAUUAUUUUGCAUGGUCAGGGGGUCACAUAAAAAAAAAAGUCUUGUAUAAUGAGAAUGUGAUUGUUGUGUCAUCAGUACGGUCUCUGUAAAGGGUGCAUUGUUAAAUUGAUUAAUAUCUGCAUAUUUGAAUGGUAUUAUUCUGAAUUCCUGUGAUUAGUGGCUCCUAACUCCGUCUAUAACGCUACUCUUUGUAUUGUUUGCAUCUGUGAUUUUCAGUAAGGUCAAAUAUCUCUUGAUACCAACUUUAAAUUAAAAUAUUUGUGUCUCUUUGUGCAUCUAAUUACAUAUUGAGUAAUUAAUGAUAAUU